AUGCCUUUAUUCAACCCAUACCUCCGUGCCUUUUUCCGCUCCACCCUCCCCGCCCAAUGCACUCCCGUUCAAGAUCAUAUACUAUUGGUCCCCACCACCGACAUCUUGACGAACACUCGUGAUCGUGAGUCAGGAUCGCUCUACUCAGAUCUCGCUGGACUAGAUGAAUUCUUGGGAAGUCAUGUUCUCCGGGUCCCCAGCGGCGGUUCCACAUCCCCCAUGGUAGGAUCCAGAGAGAAUAGGGGGAAAGCCAGACAAUACACAACUUUCAACGGCAGAACGGUAGUUGUGAAGGACUCAUGGAUCUACUCUAACAAGGGUUUUCGGAGCCUAAAUCAGGCUCAGUUAUUGAAUGAUGCACUAUUCUAUCCUGACACUAGCGAGCCUCAACAGUGGCUAAUCUACUAUAUAUCGAAGCCACUUACCGGUUCUCUAGAACUUGUUCCCACAGUACCCGCUUUGCUGAAGAACCAAACAGACACCGAACCACCUGUCGCAAGAACCAGUGCACCAAGAAAGAAGGAUAUCAAAUCAUUCAAUGAGCUACUAAUGCUUUUUCCAAUGAUUGCCAGGCAAAUGCAGCCAGGCCUGGAGAAGUUGUUUCAAGAAUUUGAAACUUCCUUCCAGAAAUUCAAGCCAUUACCUCCUCCUCCGCCGUCCCCGCCGUCAGUGGCGUCAAGCCGCUCAUCUAAAAAUUCUGUUCAUUCGUCUAGGAACGGGGAUGUCUACAAGCAAGCUGCAGACGAAAGUGAGAUACGGAGGUCGCUAGAGUCAGCCAUCAUGUCAGCAGUUGACCUCUUUCAACGAGUAGACCAAUCGCAAUUAAAUUUGCUUGCGACAUCAACAGAUCUCACCGGCCCAGCUGUGGAUCGAUUAAUCGAGCGAUACAUAGCUGAACAGUUACAUGACUCAAUACUUUUUCCUCGUGUAUGCGCCACAAGGAGUAUUGAAGAUGGUGAAUUGGAACAAAAAAUUCUGGAUAUGGAGAGUGUGGAUCUAAUCCAAGUCGGCAUCCCGCUUCUGGAUCACCAAGCAAAUAAAAGUCUUGUUGAAAGACUCAACCGGGGAAUCAAGUCCUUCGAAAAUAUAGGGAAUUCCAAAUCUCCUCAAGCUAUGGUCCAGCAUUUACUAGAAACGGCGCAAACUCUAACCCGGAUGGAAGCCAGCGAUACCCAAAACCAAGAAGAAAUCACAUCUUCAAGUAACCCGGAAAAGUCAACUGCUGUAGCAAUGAACGCAGAUAUGCUCGUUUCCCUGCUCCUUAUUGUGGUCAUUAGGGCAAAGGUACCAAAUCUACAUGCGUGUUUGAGCUACAUGAGAAAUUUUAUGUUUUCCCAAGACGUGGAGCAGGGAGAAAUCGGAUAUGUUUUGAGCACCCUCGAAGCAGUGCUAUUUCACAUAGCACAGGACCAUGCUUUAAGUGCGGCCAGUAGGUCUAACGAAAACCUGUGGAGAAGCGUCCGCCAAGGCGAUCUAGAGUCUGUCAAGAGGCUUUUGGAGCCGGGUAUUCAGAGUGCGGAGGCCAGCAGAAGCGGCGCGGACAGCGCCGCCAACUCAGAAGAAGCGUCAAGCGAAAGCAACGACGAGGCAGGUGAACAUGAAGAGGGGAGUGGCAAUGAAAGAAGCAGAAGCCUAAGCCCUUAUCCUACAGUAGAAGUACAUAGACCGGCACCACUGCUCCCCAAUCAACAGUUUGUGGAGAAUUUCAGGAAGGAAACGAGUGAUCGCGCAGCAGAAGCGCGGGGCAGAAGCGUGGCUAGCCUGGCUACUACAGUUGACGAUUCCCCAGUUUCCUCUCUAAGGCGGUUGUCAAGAACCCUGACCUCCCAAAGUCAGAAUGCUGACUUGUUCUCUGCCGAGAAACUUUGCAAAACACGCAAUGCUCAGGGGGAGUCAAUACUAAUGAUGGCAGUCCAGGAGCGAAGCGCCCAUGUCCUGAAAUAUUUGCUCAGCACCCCGCUGUUCGAUACAGAAUUUUUUGUUGAAGACACCAACAAUGAAGGGACUACACUGCUAUCUUCUGCCGUUCAAGCUGAGAGCACAGAUAUCUUGGCCUUGCUAUUGCCACAGGUGCUUUCAUUACCAGAGGAAACGCAAAGGAAAUAUUUUCAGAAGGCAGACAGCGCUGGCAGGACCAUUGCACAUUAUUUAUUCCAUACUCCGGAUCUGAUAGGCCGGUUAGGUCGCUGGCUGCCCUGGAAACAUCAAGACAAAAACGGUCAAACUCCUCUAUUCGCACUUUGCAGAUCUUAUGAUCACGCUCGGUAUAAGGAAAUGGUUCAGGUGGCCAUCAAAAACGCCCAAUACGCGCAACAGGAUGGAUGCAAAUUACAUCUUGACGAGCACGUAGAUGCCAAAGGAAACACUCUGCUACAUAUUGCGGGUGAUCCCGCCGUGUUGCGAACCCUUCUACGGUGCGACUCGGAAGUCAAUGCGACGAAUAGCAGGGGAUUUACAGCCCUGAUGGUAGCGAGCAAAUAUGGUAGAGUCGAGAUGGUCAGAACCAUGUUUGGAGAUCCAAGAGUUGACCUCUUUGCGAAAGAGGUCAGGGGAUUGACAGCAGUAGAGUUGGCCAAAGAUGAUGAUGUGAGAAAUCGGAUUGAUGACCUAGUCUUAUUUCAAAAUCCUCCGAUGCCGGACGGGAGGGUCACGGCAGUUGUGAGAUCCUUCUUUGUCGAAGAUGCCACAAUACGAGUUGUUGUCAAGAGCGGCGCUCCUUCAGGAGAUUCGACAUUUAUGAUUACCACGUGCCGACGAUCUCUCGCGGACUUUCAGUUCUUGGCAGAGUGGCUUGCGUAUGAGAACCCGGGAUCGUGGUUGCCGACAAUACCGGUUUUACGCAGCCCCUAUCAAAUACCUUCCAAGCCCUCGAGAUCCGUUCUGCGUGACAUCCAGCUCAGGUUAGACUGCUUUCUCAAGACACUGCUUGCCCAUUCGACCUUUUCGACGCACGAGCUGUUAUGGGAGUUCUUUCUGGUGCCUGAGAUCCAGCAAGACUUGAUGAUCGAGCGAAGUAAGAAAAAGGCCGAGGCGAGAAUGGAGAAGGUCCGUGAAGAGUACCAGCCGGUAGAGGAUACAAGGGAUGUAGAGGUUUUCGUCUCCCAUGCAAAGGAUUCUGUCCGGAGUAUCAAUUUUGCGUGCAGAAGUGUAACUCGAAGGGCUAACGCCGUACGAACUACGCUAUUUGACUUCUCCGACGCUUUCAAAAUCUGCGGCAAGCACAUUUCCAGUCUCAGCUUCCUCCACGACACCCCACAUCUAGCCUCAUUCCACAAAUUCUCCGAAAUCCUAAUUCCCAACGAAUCAAACCCCUACAUCUCAUUCCUCGAAGACUUCCGCAACCUCCAGUCCUCCCUGGACGGGGUGAUGACAGCCUUAGACCGCCCCCGCCAAGUAAUCAACCAAAUGUCCCGUUUACAAAAGCAAGUAGACAAACACAUCAACUCCCUCCGGCGCUCAGACCGCUGGCCACUAGGACUGCUAGACGACACGCGCGCAAAGAUACACCAGGAGGCAGCGGACAACGUUGCCAAAUCCAAGGAGCAGUAUCUGACACUUUCUUCUGAACUGAGGUAUACUCAGACCGUGGCUGCCGGAGAAUUGUCGAGUUUUCACGAGUUGCACGCGAAGCAAGCGAGGAGAGCGGUUAGGGAGCUUGCCCAGAGACAGCUAAUCACGGAAAGGGCAAAGUUGGAGGGGAUGAGGAGAGCUAUUAGGACAAUUUCUGCAAGGGGGGGUGGGGCUGUGGCUAGUGCUCCUACCCCUCCACUGAGAGCUGCGCCGUCGUCUGGUGUGGAUUGA